AUGAGGGCUUCACCCAACAUUAUUAUCACUGGCACACCGGGUGUUGGCAAGACAACCCAUUGUGAAGAGCUCGCAAGGAGGUCAGGCCUGACACAUCUCUCCGUGAAUCAGGUUGUCAAGGACCGAGAAUGUCGUGAGGGUUGGGAUGAUGAAUUUCAAAGUUGGAUCGUUGACGAGGAUAAGCUGCUGGACGCCAUCGAGGCUGAGGUUGCGAAUGGUGGGUAUAUCAUCGAUUGGCACGCCUGUGACCUCUUUCCCAAGAGCUGGAUCGACCUUGUGGUGGUCCUUCGCGUGGACUCGACUACACUCUAUGAUCGUUUGACAGCGAGAAAAUACCCCGAGGCAAAGCUGCAGGAGAAUCUUGAUUCGGAGAUCAUGGAAGUUCUUUUGCAGGAAGCGAGGGAUGCUUUCGACGAGGAGAUCGUGGUUGAGCUCACAAGCAACACCUCCGAUGAGAUGGAGACCAACGUCUCACGGGUUGAGGAGUGGUUAGAGCAGUGGAAGAAGGACCAUUCUCCAUGA